AUGGAUCGAGGGGGUAAACGGAUGCCGCUGAGCGAGAUCACCGGCAAAUUGGGGCUCAACAGACGGCCGCACCGUGUGCUCAAGCCUAACCAGCUUAGAAUCCAGCCUUCUAAGAGCGCGAAUCGCUCAAUCAACGUGGCAAGCCUCACCAGAUCGUAUCUCCAUAAGGAGACACAAACACGCACGAAAUCCAGCAUUGACGAGAUCACGCGCCAGAUCAGCCUGCGCCAUCGGUCUUCCGACGAGGAGUCGGCCACCGCGGUGCGCAGCGGCACGUUUUCGGGGAUCUUGACCGAUCAGCUCAACGAUUAUCUGACAAAUAUACAUUCUGCGAACGCCGUGUUGGGGUACGACCAGCCGAUCUCGAAGGAGCGAUUGCCAACCGUCACGAUCUCGCGCAUAAACGAGGUUUCGCCGCAGCUGAGGCUCGUCGAGAUCGACCAGGACAAAGUGGUGGCUCUGGCUGCUAUUAUCGUUGGUAUAAAGUCAUGA